UAGUAUUGAUAUCAAUAUAGUGUAAACAAAUGAAAUUAAGGUGAAUGCACCAAUUUGUAAGUCGCUCUGGAUAAGAGCGUCUGCUAAAUGACUUAAAUGUAAUGUAAUGUAAUAAGGUAUUCAAUCCAAAACAAGAUACAAUCUGGAAUAUUUAAUUGCAAAAUAUUUUGGGGGAAUUGAAAAUUAAACACAAAUUGGAGAUUUUGAAUUUUAAUCUUAGAUAGAUAGUAUGGUCGAGUCAAACUAUAGUCCCGAUUUUCAUGAUUUGUGAGUGGACUUGGAUUGAAGCAUUAGUGACUCAGACUUGGACUCGCUUUCUCGACCAUUGGUGACUCGGAUUCGCCUUCUCGUAGCUUGUAUUUGCGCUUGGACUGGAUAGGCUACUAUGAUAAACAGAAUAGUAGAAGGACAGGGUGCGCGCAGCACAGCAGCGGCGGUUCCAUUAUCUAGCAGUGGAAAGCGCCACGCCCUGCAUUCGCAGAAAAUAAUGAUUGUGGACAGAUAGGCAGGCUCUGCUCCGGAUCCGCUUCCGAUCAUAGUCGCUUCCGCAACGUCUAGCCUAUCUUGCUUCUCUGUAUCCACCAGCCUACUAUUUAGCUUUGCCUGGUUAAAAUGGUUAAGAAACACAAAUUGCUUUAAGGAAUUGAAAACAAUACUAGUAUUGAGUUUAAUAGUAAAACAACGCUAGCUUCUCUCUCUCCCCUUGAGUAUAAUGGGAAAGUAGAUUGUCGCCGACGCUCGUUUAAUGUGAGUGUGUCAAAGACGCAAUCUGAGUGCUACCGAUCUCGUCUUUGAGCAGUCCCAGACGUCCUAAUAUUUCCAAACAGAUAACCAGCCAGAUGUGAGCGGGUCAUCGUCAGCUUUCCAUACACUGGAUGAGAGACCACACUCCACUGUUGACUGCAAAUAGUUGAAGAAUUAAGGAGACUGGGAACGUUAAUUCUGCCCCCUAGCUUCAAGAGGUGAAAGAAUCAGUGACCAAACACCACCAUGGAAAACGACAUGGGCGAUUAUACUCUGUAUUCUGACGAUGACCUUUACGUCCCUGAAUCAGAGGAUAUUGCAGUGUCAGUGCUUCUUCUCCUUGGAAUUGUCCCAAUCCUCCCUGCCCUUGGUUGGAUUAUCUUGUCCUUCUAUUGUAAGCACUGGAAAAUAAUACCUGUCUCAUUCUCUUUCGUGUCCCUCCUUGUUACUGACGCUCUGCAGCUGAUCGCUUCCCCUUUCAUUGUGGAAACUGUGCUAACCGGGGUUCCCUGUUGGCAUGCUCAUUGGUGGUGCAUUACAGUAUACACACUGUUCUCAGUGUCAAGAUUCUGCGGUCUGUUUUUUCAAAUAACGGUUGCUCUGGAUAAUAUCUGGUCUCUGAAAUCGCAUCUUCAGCAAGUUGACAGUCUAUUGGUUCGUCGGUGGUGUUCCCUGUUCGUGCCUGUCAGUGUGUAUAUUGUCAACAACUCUGACAUGGUCACCUUCUUAAUGAACACCGGUGUGUGGUUCAUCUACCCUUUAUUUACAUGUCUUGCACAUAUAUUUGAUAUGAACUACUUAUUUUACUAUGUUUUGAAUACUUUAUUUGGAUUGGGUGCUGUGGUCACAGUUGCUGCAGCAUGUGUGAUAACCUUCAUAACUGUGCCAGCAGUGAACCCCACCAAAAAGCAAUGUCAGCGUUUGAAGGUAUUAGCAGUGGCCAUGUUUACUUUUAUGAUACUCUAUGUUCCUGAGUUCCUCUACUGGAUAAUACAACACCACAGAACUGCUUGGAUGCAGGGAUUUAGUCAUGUUGUCCACUAUCUGCCGUGCCUGAGACCCAUCACUGACUGUGUCCUGUGUUGGUUGGUCUACAAGGACAGGGUGUGUUCUAGAGAUCAGCAAACAGACCUAGAACGCAAUUCAUCUAUCCUCGAUUCCUCUCAUCAUGUCCCCUCGCUUUUUGAAAAAACAUCGGAGGUUUAGAACCAUGGAGAGAAACCUCCAAUACGGGAGGAUGCGAGGAAUCAAGGAAAGAUAAAUUGAGAUAGAGCACAGUACUGAGGGCUAAAUAAUCAUAUGAUGGAGAGGAGGCUGGUGGGAGGAGCUAUAGGAGGACUGGCUCAUUGUAAUGACUGGAAUAGAAUUAAUGGAACUGAGUCAAACGUGGUUUCCAUGUGUUUGAGACCGUUCCAUUAAUGCCAUUCCAGCCAUUACAAAGAGCCUGUCGUCGUAUAGCUCCCCCCACCAGCCUCCACUGGUAUAAAGUAACUUCUCACUCCUGUUUAAGAGUGUUAAGGGAAUUUUUAUCAAUGAUGACUAAUUAUGUAUACAUUUCAAUCAGGACUGACUAGUCCAAAUGCUAUUAUGUACUGUACAUAAAGAAUUGUCUCUCUUGCUCCCAUUCCCAAUUGUAUGUAAUAUAGUCAGGAGUUUAGAACAGUGCCUUUGUACAAAUGAAUGAACUAUCUCCAGAUGGCAGGGACGGACUAUCUCCAGACUGUCUAGAAUGCUAUCUACACAAACGGACCUUGGCUACAGGCGAGGAGGGAAGGCUCGAGAACUAUAGGGCCUCUCUACCGGUGUCAUGAAGAGAUCGAACAUUUAGGAAACGCUGACGUCAUUUUCAGUUUAUAACCUGUGGAAAAAUGUGUAUAUACCCAGUACUCUCUUGAAUUAAACGCUGUUACCUGA